AUGCUUUCCGACUCCGAUACCGAGGACAUCCAAACCCUCACUAUCAACGAACACUAUGCAAAAGCCUUUGAAUACAAAAAAGAGCGCGAGGAGCUUGCGAAAUUAACAGAAAAAUACGGAUCUGACUUCGAAGAGGGUGUGGACGAGGAGACAGACUCCGAGGACGCAGAGUCUGAAGAUGAGGACGGGGAGGAACUGACGCCUGCAAUGGAUGCAGCCAUCCUGAGGACGCUAGCAAGGAUCAAGAAGAAGGAUCCGGCCAUCUACAAUGCAGAGAAUACUAUCUUUGAAGAGGAGCAGGAGCGCACCACCGUUCGUGCUCCCCAGAUGCGAGAACGAACAACCAAGAAUAAAUCAAAACCUCUUACUUUCCGACAAGCAACUAUCGCAUCCGCUCUCGAAGCCAACACCUCCCGUUCGCCAACUCCAGAACUACACAUACCCACAUACACCGAGGAGCAGCAUCAGCUGCGUAAUGCAACCCGUGCCGCAUUCCAUGCUGCUGCUGCCGAGAGCGAUGACGACGGAUUGCUCCAUGCGGUCGGCCUAGACCUCGAGAGUCUCAUAGAGGUCGAGAACGGUGAACAAGGCGCCAAUGACAAACAGAAGAGCAAGACGAAGAAAAGGGGCGAUGAGGCGAAGGGCAUGUCCAAACAAGAAGCCGAUCAGGAGUUCCUCGUGAGCUAUAUCCUCAAUCGUGGAUGGAUCGACAAAACAGCAAAACGACCACCCACAUACAAGGACAUCGUGGGCAAACAGUGUGCACCUGAACACGGCAUAGAAGAUGACGACGAAUUCGAGGAGAUCGCCGACACUUUCGAGACUUCCUACAACUUCCGUUUCGAGGAACCGGACGCGGCUACUAUCAAGUCCUUUCCACGAAAUAUCGCCUCCACAGUACGCCGAGUUGACACAACCCGCAAAGAGGGCCGUGAGCGAAAGAAACGGCGCCAGGAAGAAGAGCUCGAAAAAAAGCAUGAGGAGGUGAAAAGGUUGAAAUCUCUUAAAAUGAAGGAAGUCCGCCGGAAACUCGAGCGCAUCGGGCGUGAAGGUGGUGUCAAUGCUGAAGCCUUCAACGAGUUCGAUCUCGAUGCGGACUGGGAUCCCGAAGCACAUGAUCCUGUCUGGGACGACAACCUCGACAUCGACGAUAUCAUACCGCCUUCCCAGCCCGCCCAGUCUUCGUCGUCUUCGAAAAAGAAAAAGAAGAAACAGAAAAAGAAAAAGAAAGACAACGACAACGACGAAGGUGUGGAUAUCGAUUCUAUGGAUGCAGAUGUCGUGCGCGAGUUCGACGAAGAAGAUUGGGACGGCACUGAGGAGAUGAGGAAGCGUAAGGUUGAUGAGUACAUGGAUGAAGUCUACGGGCUCGAGUUUAACGACAUGGUCGCAGGAAUGCCUACACGUUUCAAAUAUACUACCACUACACCGCAGACGUUCGCGCUCACCCCUACCGAGAUCCUCAUGGCCACGGACAAGGAUCUUAAUCAAUACGUGAGCGUAAAGCGCUAUGCACCGUAUCGCGCGGAGAAGUGGGACCAUAACCGUGGAGAGCGCCUCCAGGAAUUCAGGGAGAAAAUGAAGCAACGAGUAGGGGCUAUUGGGACAAGUCACAGAAGCGAGGAUCCGACACCGAAAAAACGGCUGGGGAAGAAGGAGCGACAUAAACUGAAAGCAGCAGCAGCGUAG